GGUUGGAGUAGUAUUUACUGGAACUAGUGGAGACAGUAUGGAAGUAGAAAGUCUAGGAAAACCAGAAAGAUAUAAAUUGCUUCACGUUUUGGAGUUUGAUCCAAAUCGCAGACGAAUGAGUGUCAUCGUAGAGAGUCCCUCAGGGGAAAAGCUUUUAUUUACAAAGGGAGCAGAAUCUUCCAUUCUUCCUCGUAGUAAGAGUGGAGAAAUAGACAAAACAAGGAUACAUGUGGAUGAAUUUGCUUUGAAAGGACUAAGAACUUUGUGUGUAGCCUAUAGAAGAUUCACACCUGAAGAGUACCAAGAAAUUGGUAAACGCCUUCAUGAGGCCAGGACUGCCUUACAACAACGGGAGGAAAGAUUAGCAGAUGUAUUCAACUUCAUCGAAAGGGAUCUGGAAUUACUUGGGGCUACAGGAGUGGAAGACAAACUGCAGGAGAAAGUCCAAGAAACUAUAGAAGCACUCAGGUUGGCUGGUAUCAAAGUCUGGGUACUGACUGGAGACAAGCACGAAACGGCUGUUAGUGUCAGUUUGUCAUGUGGACACUUUCACAGAACUAUGAACAUCCUUGAGCUUGUGCAACACAAGUCAGACAGUACGUGCGCAGAACAACUGAGACAGCUAGCCAAGAGAAUAAAGGAAGACCAUGUUAUUCAGCAUGGACUGGUGGUGGAUGGGACCAGCCUUUCUCUUGCACUCAGGGAACAUGAAAAACUGUUCAUGGAAGUUUGCAAAAACUGUUCUGCGGUGUUGUGCUGUCGUAUGGCACCCCUUCAGAAAGCAAAGGUAGUGCGACUGUUAAAAACGUCUCCAGAGAAACCUAUAACAUUAGCAAUUGGUGAUGGUGCUAAUGAUGUGAGCAUGAUACAAGAAGCACAUGUUGGCAUAGGAAUCAUGGGCAAGGAAGGAAGACAAGCUGUAAGAAACAGUGACUAUGCAAUAGCACGGUUUAAAUUCCUCUCCAAGUUGCUUUUUGUUCAUGGGCACUUUUACUAUAUUAGAAUAGCAACCCUUGUACAGUACUUUUUUUAUAAGAAUGUGUGCUUUAUUACACCACAAUUUUUAUAUCAGUUCUUCUGUUUGUUUUCACAACAAACGCUCUAUGACAGUGUAUACCUGACUUUGUACAAUAUUUGUUUCACUUCCUUGCCUGUCCUCAUAUACAGUCUUUUUGAACAGCAUGUGCAUCCGCACAUAUUGCAGAGUAAACCUGUGCUCUAUCGAGACAUCAGUAAAAAUGCCCAUCUGGGAUUUAAACCAUUUCUUUACUGGACGAUCCUGGGCUUCUUUCAUGCAUUUGUUUUCUUUUAUGGCUCGUAUCUCCUAAUGGGAGAGGACACUUCUCUGCUGGGAAAUGGCCAGAUGUUUGGGAACUGGACGUUUGGUACUUUGGUCUUCACCGUUAUGGUUAUAACUGUUACAAUGAAGAUGGCACUAGAAACUCACUUCUGGACAUGGAUAAACCAUUUUGUUACUUGGGGAUCCAUUGUAUUUUAUUUCAUAUUCUCCUUGUUUUAUGGGGGAAUUAUCUGGCCAUUUUUACAUACCCAGGACAUGUACUUUGUAUUUGUUCAACUGUUGUCAAGUGGUUCUGCUUGGUUUGCCAUAAUCCUCAUAGUAGUUGCUUGUUUGUUUAUUGAUGUUGUGAAGAAAGUGCUGUACAGACAUCUACAACCAACAAGUACUGAAAAAGCUCAGCUUACUGAGGCACGUUCAGGUAUCAACUGCUUGGACUCCAUGUGCUGCUUCUCAGAUGGGGAAACAGCAUGCACAUCUCUUAGAAGAAUGCUGGAACGACUAAUGGGAAGAUGUAGUCCAACCCGGGUCAACAGAUCAUGGAGUUCAUCGGAUCCCUUCUAUGCCAACGACAGAAGCAUCUUGACUCUCUCCACAAUGGACUCAGCCACUUGUUAACAAGGACAUUUGUAAAUGCCUUGUGGAAGCCAUGUGGUGCUCACACACCUAUAGUAUGUUCUGAAGCGAGUUCAGUGCUGCAUCCCUGCCCUAGAAAAGCCUAGCAUGACUUCCAAAUACAAACCAUGGCUUGUCUUGUGGCCUAGCAUAAGUCAUCUGGACAGUAAUCCCUUCCGGUAUUUUUUUUCCUAGUUAUAUCCGCAAGUUGCUGAUUUUUUUUUUUUUAAGGAAUGCUUUUACCUCUGGAGAUUUAAUCCUUUUU